AUGGCGGAUCUGACGCCGGACAAGCGGGAGAUAUUCACGAGCGCGUCGCCCUGUUAUGCGUGCGAGAGACCGUUCGAGACCGAUGACACUCGCGAUCACUGUCACUUGACCGGCCGUUUCAGAGGUCCGACGCAUUCUGCGUGCAAUUUGAAUUACAAAGACUCCUACGUCAUACUCGUAUUCUUUCACAAUCUAUCGGGUUACGACGCGCACUUCAUUAUCAAGGAUGUGGCUAACGCGUAUCCUGGCAGCGUCGAGUUGUUGCCGGUGACGAAGGAAUCGUACAUAGCUUUCUCGAAGAUCGUUCGAGAUACCGCGGCGGCAGAGGAAGACGAGGGAAACGCCGUGCGUUCCAGAUGCGUCAAAUUACGAUUCGUGGACUCGUUCAAGUUUUUAGGCGCCGGUCUCGAGAAGCUGGCGUCGUAUCUCGACGAGAACAAACUGACGAUCGCGCGAGGCGAGUUUCGCGAUCUCGCCGACGACGACUUCCGGCUUCUCACGCGCAAGGGCGUGUUUCCGUACGAGUACGUCGACAGCGUCGAGAGAUUGCGGGAGACGCGUCUUUCGCCGCGCGAGUCCUUCUACAGUUCUCAUACCGUAUCGGAGAGCGAUUACUCGCACGCGACGCGCGUCUGGGAGCGAUUUAGUGUCGAAACGUUGGGUGACUAUAGCGAUCUCUAUCUGAAGACCGACGUUCUUCUGCUCGCGGACAUGUUCGAAAAUUUUCGCGCCGCUUGCUUGGAGAGUUACGGUUUAGAUCCCGCGUACUACUUCACGCUGCCGGGAUACACAUGGGACGCGAUGCUGAAGUACACGGGGGUCCGUUUCGAGCUGCUCACCGAUAUCGAUAUGAUGAUGUUCGUGGAAUGCGGAAUACGCGGCGAUCUGAGUCAGUGCUCUAACAGAUACGCUCGCGCUAACAACAAGUACAUGAGCGCGUACGAUCCGUCGCGAUCGUCGAUCUAUCUGAUGUAUCUCGAUAUCAACAAUCUGUACGGUUGGGCGAUGUGUCAGCCGUUGCCGUACGAGCGAUUCGAGUGGGUCGACGACCUCGAGAGUCUCGACGUGAUGUCCGCGACGGAGGACUCGACCGUCGGGACACAUCUCGAGGUCGAUCUCGACUAUCCGGCUGACGCCCACGCCGAUCUACCGUUUUGUCCCACGCGCGAUAAGCCGCCGGAGAAGCGGCAGAGCAAACUCCUAGCCACGCUGUACAAUAAGCGCCGAUACGUCACGCACUAUCGCAAUCUGCAGCAGUGCGUUCGUCACGGUCUGCGUCUGACGAGGAUUCAUCACGCGCUGCGCUUCUCGCAGUCGCCGUGGUUACGCGGAUACGUGGAACUUAACACGCGCUUACGCACUAACGCGAGUAACGAUUUCGAGAAGAAUCUAUACAAGUUGAUGAACAACGUCUUCGGCAAGACCAUGGAGAACGUGCGCAAUCGCGUGGACGUUCGACUCGCGACUCGAUGGGACGGGCGAUUUGGAGCCGAGGCGCUAAUCUCCAAGCCGAAUUUCAGUAGAAGCAUAUUGUCGGAGAAUUUCAUGGCCGUGGAAUUGCGCAAAUUGGAGGCGAAGAUCGACAAACCGAUCUACGUAGGCAUGUCCAUUCUCGAUAUAUCCAAGAUUCGUCUGUACGCGUUUCACUACGAAUACAUGUCACCGCUCUACGGCGAUAAGUGUAAAAUAUUGUACACCGACACGGACAGUCUCAUUUAUAGCAUAGAGUGCGAGGACGCGUACGAGCGAAUGAAGCGCGAUAUCGAUAGAUUCGACAUGAGCGAUUACGCCGUCGACAAUCCUUACGGCGUGCCGCGUGCGAAUAAGAAGGUUCUCGGUCUGAUGAAGGACGAGAACAACGAUGCUCUCAUGCUCGAGUUCGUCAGAUUCAAAGCGAAGAUGUAUGCGUUGCGAGUUGAGGGUAGGGGCGACACUAAGAAGAGCAAGGGCGUGAAGAGCAGCGUCGUCGCGAGAACGCUGACGUUCGACGAUUACGCUCGCUGCCUGAGACGCGAUAUCGAGAUGACUCGCGAGCAGUCGUGCCUGAGAUCCAAGUUACACGAGGUGUACAUCAUGCGCGAGUCGAAGGUCGCGCUCAGUCCGUACGACGAUAAGCGUCGUGCCGGAUUCGACCGACACUCUGCCGUGCGGGCACUACAGGAUACCUCUGUGAGGAGAGGCGCGGAUAAAUCUUAA